CCUCACUCCUGGAGAUAGGAGCUCAGGCUGGAGCCGCUGAAAAGGCAGAGCUGUCUUUAUCCGGAGACCUGGGCAAUUUUCCUUUGACAAGAGCCAUCGCAGCCCCAGGGAUAAGCGCAGAUUGAUGGGUUGUUUUAGAUCACCUAUGACUGGGAUCGCAUUGUUGUUGUGGAGAGGAAAGAAGAAGGAUUCCUAAGAUUUUUUUUUCCCCUUAUCAAAUCCUUGAAUUCUGCGUAACAGGGCAUCAUUUCUGCCUGACUGGGAGAGAGAAGGGUCUUGGAACACUAUGAGUGAUGAUUCAUGUCCUCUUUUGUAGUGUCAUGGCAUCUUGUCCAUGAUCUACACUUAGCAUGGGAUUUAAGUGACAGAUGAAGAGAAGAGUGCUUAGCUUUUGUUAAUAUAGGAAGAGAUUAUUUUUUUUCUAUUCGAAGGCUGGUAGGAGCCGGACUAUACUGAAAUAUUGUGGAGGAAGAAUUGGGAAUACAUCAUGCACCUUACCAUGGAACAUUAGAAUUUGAUCCGUUUUGUGUUUUGUUAAAUAUCGGACAUAGUUGGUUAGUCUGUUCCAUUGUUGACUGACCACAAGUAGCCUGCUCUAAAAAAAUAAAAUAAAAAAAAAGUAAUAUUUUGGAGAGUUAUCACAAAAAAAGGCAAUCUGGAAGAUCUACGCAAUUUAAAGGACCCUGAAGACAUUAAGUCAUUUAAGAUGGCUAGUGUUCUUAAACAAGGGGUCCUGAUUAUCUGGAUGGUCCUUAUCCUUGGAUGCAUGGUGGACAUUGGUUGCGGUCUGGAAUUUCCUGGAACCGAAGGCCAGUGGACUCGCUUCCCCAAGUGGAACGCAUGUUGCGAGAGCGAAAUGAGUUUUACCAUGAAGACCAAAAGAUCAAGUGGACUGGUUAUAUACUUUGAUGACGAGGGGUUUUGUGACUUUUUGGAACUCAUUCUCUACGAGGGCAGGUUGAAGUUGAGUUUUUCCAUUUUUUGCGCUGAACCAGCUUCUCUCUUGACGGACCUCGCUGUCAAUGACAGCAAAUGGCAUUCGGUAGUGAUCAAGAGAAACUUUAAGAACACCACUUUGAUCUUAGACAAGGAAAGCAAAUGGGUAGAAGUGAAGUCAAAAAGGAGAGAUAUGACGGUCUUCAGUAGCCUUUUUAUAGGUGGGAUUCCUCCAGAGCUAAGAUCUUCCACUUUAAAACUAACCUUUCCAGCUAUUAAAGACCAGAGUCCCUUCGAGGGCUGGAUAAGGGAUGUCCGGGUCAAUUUCUCCGAUUCAUCUCCUGUAUCAAGCCACCUUGUCACUGUGGAGGACACUACAAACCCAUGCGACAAAGAACAAGUGUGUCUGAAUGGAGGAGUUUGCUCUGUCGUGAACAAAGAAGCCACGUGUGAUUGCUCCAAGACUGGCUUCCAAGGAAAAGACUGCAGUGAAGAAGACAACCAUGUAGAAGGUCUGGCACACCUGAUGAUGGGCGACCAAGGAAAUAUAGCAGCUGAGCAACUCUUUACCAAAGGAGCUGGAACAGGAAAGGAAGAGUAUAUGGCCACAUUUAAGGGGUCUGAGUAUUUCUGCUAUGACUUAUCGCAAAACCCUAUUCAAAGCAGCAGCGAUGAAAUCACGUUGUCGUUUAAAACUCUUCAGAGGAACGGACUGAUGCUUCACACAGGAAAAUCGGCAGAUUAUGUCAAUCUGGCCUUGAAAAAUGGAGCCGUCUCUUUGGUCAUUAAUUUGGGGUCAGGGGCCUUUGAGGCCUUGGUGGAACCGGUGAAUGGAAAGUUUAAUGACAAUAACUGGCAUGAUGUGAAAGUAACAAGAAAUCUGCGUCAGCACUCAGGCAUUGGACACGCUAUGGUAACAAUAUCAGUGGAUGGGAUUCUGACCACAACAGGCUACACUCAAGAAGACUACACCAUGCUGGGUUCAGAUGACUUUUUCUAUGUUGGAGGUAGCCCAAGCACAGCUGACCUGCCCGGGUCACCAGUCAGUAACAACUUUAUGGGCUGUCUUAAGGAGGUUGUAUAUAAGAAUAAUGAUGUAAGGCUAGAAUUGUCACGUCUUGCCAAGCUGGGUGAUGCCAAAAUGAAAACUCAUGGUGUAGUCGCCUUUAAGUGUGAGAAUGUUGCCACCCUGGACCCAAUCACUUUUGAAACACCAGAAUCAUUUAUAUCUUUACCAAAAUGGAAUGCAAAGAAGACCGGGUCAAUAUCAUUUGACUUCCGCACAACAGAACCCAAUGGACUCAUACUGUUCAGUCAUGGUAAACCCCAUCAGAAGGAUGCCAAGAAUCCACAAAUGGUCAAGGUUGAUUUCUUUGCUAUAGAGAUGCUUGAUGGUCAUCUGUACCUGCUUCUCGACAUGGGAUCAGGAACCAUUAAAAUAAAGGCAAUACAGAAAAAAGUAAAUGAUGGAGAAUGGUAUCAUGUAGACUUCCAGCGCGAUGGACGGACAGGUACCAUAUCUGUCAAUACUUUACGUACGCCUUAUACAGCCCCUGGAGAAAGUGAAAUCCUUGACCUUGAUGAUGACUUAUAUCUUGGAGGUUUACCGGAAAACAAAGUUGGUUUGGUCUUCCCUACUGAAGUGUGGACCGCUCUUCUAAACUAUGGAUAUGUAGGAUGCAUAAGAGAUUUAUUUAUAGAUGGCCAGAGCAAAGACAUACGCCAGAUGGCUGAACUUCAAAGCACAGCUGGAGUAAAACCAUCCUGCUCGAAAGAAACAAGUAAACCUUGUAUCAACAAUCCAUGCAAAAAUAACGGUGUAUGUAGAGAUGGGUGGAACCGGUUUGUCUGUGAUUGCUCAGGCACGGGCUACCUUGGCCGGUCUUGUGAAAGAGAGGCAACGGUUUUAAGCUAUGAUGGCAGCAUGUUUAUGAAGGUUCAGCUCCCGGUGGUCAUGCAUACAGAGGCAGAAGACGUGUCAUUGCGCUUCCGGUCUCAGCGUGCUUAUGGUAUAUUAAUGGCGACUACUUCCAGAGAUUCAGCAGAUACCCUACGUUUAGAACUGGAUGCUGGACGCGUAAAACUGACGGUCAAUUUAGACUGUAUCAGGAUUAACUGUAAUUCCAGCAAAGGCCCAGAGACUCUUUAUGCUGGUUAUAACCUCAAUGAUAAUGAAUGGCACACAGUUCGUGUUAUACGGAGAGGAAAGAGUUUAAAGUUAAUAGUGGACGAUCAACAAGACAUGACAGGUCAAAUGGCUGGCGAUCACACUCGGCUGGAGUUCCACAACAUCGAAACUGGGAUAAUAACCGAGCGGCGUUACCUAUCAGCUGUGCCUUCCAAUUUCAUUGGCCAUCUACAGAGCUUGACGUUCAAUGGCAUGGCCUACAUUGAUCUGUGUAAGAACGGAGACAUAGAAUACUGUGAACUCAAUGCCAGAUUUGGUUUCAGAAACAUUAUCGCAGACCCAGUCACUUUUAAGUCCAAAGCCAGCUAUGUGGCCCUGGCCACCCUACAAGCCUACACCUCCAUGCACCUCUUCUUCCAGUUCAAGACCACAUCUCCGGACGGCCUAAUUCUUUAUAACAGCGGAGAUGGCAAUGAUUUCAUUGUAGUUGAACUGGUUAAAGGAUACUUACAUUAUGUUUUUGAUCUUGGCAAUGGCGCAAACCUAAUAAAAGGCAGCUCAAACAAACCCUUAAAUGACCACCAAUGGCACAAUGUAAUGAUCUCCAGAGACACCAGCAACCUCCAUACGGUGAAAAUAGACACAAAGAUCACCACGCAGAGCACGGCGGGAGCCAGAAACCUAGAUCUCAAAAGUGACCUAUACAUAGGAGGUGUUGCCAAAGAAAUGUAUAAAACCUUGCCAAAGCUCGUCCAUGCCAAGGAAGGAUUUCAGGGCUGCCUUGCAUCUGUUGAUCUUAACGGACGUCUUCCAGACUUAAUCUCUGAUGCUCUUUUGUGUCAUGGGCCAAUGGAAAGAGGAUGUGAAGGUCCAAGCACAACAUGCCAAGAGGACUCCUGUGCCAACCAGGGUGUCUGCUUACAACAAUGGGAUGGAUUUAAUUGUGACUGUAGCAUGACCUCAUUCAGCGGAACUCUGUGCAAUGACCCUGGGACAACAUAUAUCUUUAGUAAAGGAGGAGGACAAAUAACAUAUACGUGGCCACCGAAUGAUCGGCCCAGCACACGGGCAGACAGAUUGGCCAUAGGGUUUAGCACUGUACAAAAAGAAGCAGUAUUGGUCCGAGUGGACAGCUCUACGGGACUAGGGGAUUACUUAGAGCUGCACAUUCACCAAGGAAAAAUUGGAGUCAAAUUUAAUGUUGGAACAGAUGACAUCUCAAUUGAAGAAGUUAAUGCAAUUAUUAAUGAUGGGAAGUACCACGUAGUACGAUUUACAAGAAGUGGGGGUAAUGCCACGUUACAGGUCGACAGCUUGCCUACAAUAGAGCGUUUCCCAGCAGGAAACAAUGAUAACGAACGCCUGGCGAUUGCUAGACAGCGAAUUCCAUAUCGACUUGGUCGAGUAGUUGAUGAUUGGCUACUCGACAAAGGACGGCAGCUCACAAUCUUCAAUAGCCAGGCAACAAUUAAAAUCGGUGGAAAGGACCGGGGACAUCCUUUUCAAGGCCAGCUAAGUGGCCUCUACUAUAAUGGCUUAAAGGUUCUGAACAUGGCGGCUGAAAGUGAUGCCAAUAUCGUGAUUGAGGGAAAUGUGAGGCUGGUUGGUGAUGUGCCUUCAUCAAUGACUACAGAGUCUACUGCCACAGCCAUGCAGUCAGAAAUGUCUACUUCUAUUAUGGAGACCACAACCACAUUGGCCACCAGUACUAGAAGAAUAAAAGCCCCUACAAGGGAGCCAGUUGGUCAGACUUCAGAUGACAUCUUGGUUGCCUCUGCUGAAUGUCCGAGUGAGGAUGAUGAGGACAUUGAUCCGUGUGAGCCAAGCUCAGGUGGGUUAGCAAACCCAACAAGAGCGGGUGGAAGAGAAAUUUCUGGACCAUCUGAGGUCAUCAGGGAAUCAAGUAGCACGACCGGCAUGGUGGUCGGCAUCGUUGCUGCAGCAGCCUUGUGCAUCCUCAUCCUCCUUUAUGCCAUGUACAAGUAUCGAAACAGGGAUGAAGGCUCCUAUCAUGUGGAUGAGAGUCGAAACUACAUCAGUAACUCAGCACAGUCCAAUGGGGCUGUGAUCAAAGAGAAACAACCCACCAGUGCUAAAAGUUCUAGCAAAAAUAAGAAAAACAAGGACAAAGAAUAUUAUGUCUGAUCCCAGCCGCUUAACGAACAUGUGUAUAGAAAUAGUCUUCAUUUUAUCUGAAUCAUAAAAUUAACAAACUUAUUUACUUUUUAUGAAGCACAUUGAAAAGAACAAAAAAAGAAGACAGGGAAUGCUAACGGGAAGGAAAGACUGUUUUUAAAAAAAAAAAUAUAAAACAAAUGGAAAAAAAAUAUAAACAAGUAGAUUAUGAUUUUGUUUCCCAGAAACAGGAGCCAAGACAAGAUUUCCGACUAUCCACAGUGUUUCAUUUACUCCGCCUGACCAUUGAAGUGGCUGGAAUGUUUUGGAAAGACGAUGAUUUACAAGAAACAUUCUUAAAGCACAUAGAAAUUUCCACCAUUGAGGCACAAUUAAAAGAUUUAAAAAAAUAAAUAAAAAAAAGCUACCUAUGAUUCUGGAUACAGCCAAAGUGCUAGUACUCUCUCCAAAAUUAAGUUCUUAUGCCAGCAUAGACUUGUCCGGAGUUGCAAACGGUCAGGGUUUGCAGCCUCAAGCUAAGAAGCGCUGAUUGGGACACGUCUGCUUCGUAACGCUGGCUUUUCUGAAGACUUGUAUUAAAAAAUAAAAAAAAGGCAAAAACUUUCACAAAUCCCCUUUCUGGUUGUGAAGAGUAUGCUAUGGAGGCCUUAUUUCACAAAUAUGGAAUAUAAGGCCCUUUUUCAAAAAAUAAAACAAGAGGGAUAGAUGCAAUCAUUGAAAAUUUUCAUGCACGCUUAAUAUGUUACUACAUAUGUUUAUAUAAAACACAUCUAUAUGUGCUUUCUGGACUGUGACAAGUGAUGUUUUAUAGCCUGUUGUAUAGACAAUGCAAAAUAUAUCUGCUCUUCAGCCAUUUUUGGUAACCUAAAUGUUCUAAGUGUUGCUAGGUAUAGAAAGUUUUCUGAUGUCUGACACAACAGACAUGUUUCAGUUAAUCGCUGCCAUUACCCUAUUUUUUUUUUUUUUUACUUUUUGAUUUUAAUUCUUGUGAGUAUGCCGCUGGGGAUGUGUAUGAAUGUAAAUAAAGAAAUGUUAAUAUUAUACAGCACAAUAGCCAACAUUCCGCUGCAGCCAACAUACAGGAUGCUGGGCCGCAAGGUGUAAAGGUAUCUAAUACAGUCCAAAUAAAUGGCAAAAUUCAAGUCACUGACAAAAGGCAUUCAGUAAUUCUUUAUGUUACUUUAUUAACUCUAAAGAGUUGACUUUUUAACAAUACCACAAAAAAGAAAAAACGAUUUUUAGGCUUCACAAAAUUGUUACUUAAAAAUCAUUGAUUCAAAAUCAAUGCUUCAUGUAGCAUCAAUAAUAUGAAUAUAUAGAAAAUGUAUUAGAACUAUUUUAAAUACCAUAUAAAAUACAAGAAACAGGAUCAAAAUUGCUAUUGAUAGGUUUUUUUAAAUUAUAAAAAUAAAUUAAUAAACAUUUGAUUCAUUUUUUAUGUUUUUGUUUUCCACUAGAAAUACUUUAUAUACUUUUCAGGCCAAACACAAUUCUAACAGGUGACAAAUCAUAGAUUUUUGAAAUUAUUUUUAAAUUUAAAUUGUGUUUCUUUCUUUUUUUUUUUUCUUUAUCAUUCAAUAGCACUUGCUGGAAAAAAGAGUUGAGAGUAACAUUUUGCUCAUAAGGAAAUGCAAAGAGAAUAUAUUAACCUAAAAGUGGGUACUUCAAGAGAACUCAGUCUUUCCACUUGAAGGCCUCCUGGGAGGAAUAUAGAUGUUCACACAUUAUAGACAGGAAGACGGAAUUUAAAAUUAAUUCAAACAGCAGGGGCAACAAAGCAAGAUAUCUUGUUUUAUUCACUAGGUUACUGAUAAAUAAUGCUUAGAUUCCAGACGUGAUCGCUGGAGCUUACAAGUUGCAAUACAGUUGACAAAAAAAUACUAUUAGUUAGGGCUGCCAAAAAUGUUUAGUACUACAGAACCAAGUUCCUUCGGGAUUUGGAUCAAUUCUUGGAAUCGGAAGAUUGUAGGUGAAGAAUAGAUGGCAUCAAAUAACUUUUCCUGCUUGAAUCAUAAAAGUCCUAUUUGGGCACCACCGAAAGUCAACUGUACUCAGGGAAGAAAGUUAUUUAAUGCUGGGCUGCACAAGGCAUGAAAGGUCUAUCCAUUACUAAGUUCUUACGGAUGUACAGUAAAAACUACAACCCACAAAAAAAAAAAGACUUGCCAAACUAAUGAAUUCAACAUGUUAUGGUAGCUAAGAAUUACAUGUCUUUUAUAAAAACAGAUUUUAUUUUAGGUAAUGGAAAUAUCAAAACAGUUUUUGAUAUUUUCUAUGUAUACAUCUAUUUUGCCAACACUUUUAUCUAUCAUUUAUAUAUUAAUCUAUUAUAUCAUUUAUCAAAUGGUUGUAUUUCAUAUUUGCAUAUAUAUAUUUUAUUAUCAAUGUUUCUUUUAGUUAUUCUAUUUUAUCAAAGUAUGUAUCUUGCUAUAGCAUUUCAACACCAUAUCAUGUGAGACCCUUUCGUCAAAUGAGGAUGAACCCAAUGUAUUUUGCUCAACAGGGGUCCCGGUGUCAUUGAAAGGGUAACUACGAUUUAUGAACUAGGUUUUCACUUGCCUGUGGAUUUGCUGUACGAAGUCUGGAUGAGGUGGCUUAUUUCCAACCCUGUAAUGUGUGGUCUUUAUAAACAAUUACAAACAAACAAAAAAAUACAACAAAUAAUGACAGUGUGAAUUGAUUCAUCCCCAAACAAAAACAAGAGGCCCAAAGCCGGUUUAUUGUGUUUGUGUGAUAGAUAUUGAAAAUGAAUUUAUUUUGUUGCAAGGCCAAUUUAUCCAUUACUGGAAAUGCUAAGCAAGUGGAAUUUAUUGUUUUGUUAAUAAAAUGUUUCUUAAUACACUA